UGCAUCUUGACCAUCACCUCCUCCGCCCGGUCUCCCCAGAGCACUAGCAGCCAGCCAGCAGCCCGCCCCCGACGCCCAGAGCGCGACCACGCACGCCAGGAUAUUCGUUGCAGCGCCCUUGAAAAUCGAUCGGCUUCCAUUUUGGGGCGUCACUCACCCUAUUUGCUCUCUCCCGCGCGGUGGUCUUUCCUCGGCCGAUUACAUUUUUUCUCCAACUACCAUCCUGCCACCGACGGCCCCGUCCUCCUCGACGACCAGCCGUCUUUCACCACGAACGCUCUCCGCAACCUGGGACACACCGAUAAGCGAUAGUAGUCGGGAUUGCGUCGACCACCAUGACCGACGCUGAUGCAACCGCCUCCGUCACCCCAGAGGGCAACGCUGCCGACGCCUCUGCUGGCAAUAACGCCCCCAAGCCCGGCGAGAAGCUCGUCCCCCGCCCCUACAAGUGUCCGUACCCCUCCUGCGGCCGUGCCUUCAGUCGCCUCGAGCACCAGACACGUCACAUACGCACGCACACCGGCGAGAAGCCCUUCGUCUGCACGUUCCCCGGCUGCGAGAAGCGCUUCUCCCGCUCCGAUGAGCUUACCCGACACUCGCGCAUCCACAACGCGGACCACAAUACCCAUGUCGCGCGCAAGAACACCUCGCAGGCUGAGCAGGCCGCCAUGAAGGAGGCCGCGAACAGGCAGAAGAAGGGCAUGAAGGCGCGACACAUUGCCCGAGGCCCGCCUGGACCUCAAGGCGCAUCCCCGUAUCUAGGCGCGGGGUACCCCGGCAACGGCAACCCUCUCAGCCCCGCUUACUCUACACCGCCCGGCCCCGAUUACCCCGCACCUAACUAUCCCGCCUCCUCAUCGGCUGCACUGCGACCUCGCUACCCUCCUCCUUCCUCGUCAGAGGGCGAUAGCUCGACAACGUCUGAGUCUGAGAUUGAGGUCGACGCUGUCGACCGCUAUCGACACGACCCCGAGCGUUACCGCAACGACGUCGACGCCUUUGACAAGGCUGGCCGUGGCGCAUACCGACCCGAUGUUAACUCUGUCGAUCAGCGCGAGUUUGACAGGGCUGCGCUCGAGUACCAACGGGCGAAGAGUGUGGGCGAGCGCGCCAUGAUUGACCGGGAUCGCGGCAUGAGGAUUAAAAAGAAGGCCCGGAGUCGCGCGAACAGUGACGACGAGGCCGAGUCCUAUGCGCGCCCGACCUCGCUCAUAGACGGCCCGCAUUCUCGUCGACACCAUCACCAUCACGCUCACCACUAUCACCCCUACGACCAUGCAGCUGGAUAUCACGACUAUGCCUACGAACGCACACCCUCGCACCCUGCUUACCAUAAUUAUGAAGCCUACAACCACCACGGAUACCCUUACGGCUUCGACAUGAACGUGGCUCAGGGCUUCCCACCUGGCGCGGCUUUCCAGCCCAGUAGUUCCUUCCCGCCGUCUGGCGCAGCUUUUCCUGGCGCAAACGGCAUCCCCGGCGGUGCCCCUGGGUUCAACUUCGCACACGCUGCUGGCGCUUUUCCCCACCCAGCGUCCAUGCCUCCCACUCCAGGAGGACCUCCUCCGGGAAAUGCCUUCGCCUCGCUCUCCUCACUCGCUAUGGACGAGCUCUAUACCCUCGAGCGAGAGGAGGCAUUACGCCGUGCCGAAUACGAAGCACGACACGCCGAAGCACUUCGCCGUGCGCAUGUCAACAUGCGAACCGCCGCAAUACACGACGGCCAGCACGACGGAAGAAGAGACGAUGACGGGAGUAAUGGCACGCCCGAAGACCACAACAGCACGAAACUCGGUGAGGCAACUCAUCGGUUUCGGCGGGACUUUCUCGCCGGACGAAUGGAUGCUGAAGGGCUGGGACGCCUGGCCCGCGACCGCGACGGCGGGUACGAACGAGCCGCCGGCCGCGCCGCUGCCGCCGCCGAUGGCGCGGAGCGAGAGCAACGUGAGCGGGCGGUCGACGCCGCGCGCGAGCGAGACGAUGCCGCCGCCCGAGCAGCACCCGGCGCAGUGGCGCGGCGCGCUCCGGGGGUGGGACGGGGACCUGGGCAUCCUGACGCCCACGGCCGAGAACCCGUACCCGCUGCUGAGCCUGACGAGCGAGACGGGCCCACCGCCGGCGCCGGCGGCUACGGAGUGGACGAACGGGUGGGCGAACCUGGUGCACGACGGGGAGGCUCCCCGGGCGCCGCCUCUCCCGGACCCAUGGACCGCGAGCUGGCCCGCCGGCGUCGAUCCGACGUGGACGGACGCGGGGAGCUCGCCCGCCGAGAGUUCGCCGAGGACGCCCGCCGGCGCGGGUUUGGGAUGAACCUGAGCUUCUCGCGCCUGAGCAAGAGCGCGACGACGAGCCCGGUGUCGACGCCGUUCAUGUUCGGCCGCAUGCGGCGGCCCAGCGAGCGCGAGGAGGGCUACUUUGGUAACGCGCCCGGCUACUUUGGCGUCUCCAACGAGCGGGGCGGCGGGAGCGCGCUCGAGGACGAGGAGGAGAUGCGGCGGAAGUGGGAGAAGGAGCAGGAGCACGCGUACGAUGUGGAGGAGGAGGAGGACGCGGAGAUGGGCGAUGCGGAGGAGGAUGAGAAGGAGCACCAGCCGCCGAAGCGCAGGCUCAGCGGUCCCGCGUGGAUGACGGUCGGUGGCAAGCCUAUCAAGGCGGACGACAUUGAGCCGCCGCGCGCGCGCCUCCCGAGCAGCAAGAGCACUGGUCAUCUAGCAGGUGGGCCCUACAGCGUCUACAGGAUACAUGGCAGCACGCCGUACGGUUAUCCGCCGCCUCUCUCGUCGUAUGGACGCGCGCAUCCGCCGCGCGACUCGUACUCGAAUCACCGCUCGAUGUACUCGCGCGACACGCCCUCGCCGGUGUCGGACGACGACGAUGGCCUCACCAUUGGUCGUGGCUACUCUGGUGUUCGUACGUCUGAUGCGCGAUCCUCGUCUUCGAGUACUGCUCGCGGACGGAGCAAUGAGCACGAUGGCUCGUCGCGUUCGCCCAGUGGUGCCGUCUCUCCUGGCGCGGGACAGGCGCUCGGUUACACGCCGUCGACGUCGCCUUUCCUCGGCCCGCUGCGCACGCUCAACCUGCACAGCACUGCGCCCAGUCGCGCUGGCAGUCCUGGUCCGAUGAUGUUGCCGCCACCUGGCCUUGCUGGCGAGGGCGCGAUGACGAGCCCGCCGCCUCCGCCACCGGCAGGUAGCACACCGCAACUGUCUGCCAGCGGGAGCACCUCGACAAGUAGUCGCAGCAGCCCCGCCAUGAACAGCGCUGGCAGCUCGCGUGCGGGAAGUCCUGGUCACCACCCUCAUGCCCCGAAGGAUCUUCACCCUGGCAAGGAUGUACACCAUCUGUCGGCGAAGGAGCAGCACGGUCGUGAGCUGCAGCACCACGGUGCACCGGGAGAGCGUCCUCAUCACCAUCAGCAUCAUCACCUGGCCCAUUCCGUGCGACUGGCUUUCGGCAUGACGCCAAUCGUUCCGCACAGUGGCUUCGCUUCCUCGUCUUCCUCGCUAUCGCAUCCGUAUGCUCGCUCAGCGGCCUCAAGUCGUGGCGGCAGCCCACCGGUCCAGCUUCCACCUCUCAAGUUGGCAUCGCAUGCUCCCAGCCGCAAGGGUUCCCCAGGCCCGAAGAGCGCGAGUGCGGGAAGCAGGAGUGGCUCGCCCGGCCCAUCGACGUCGAGUGGUCCAUCUGGAUCCUCGUCAGGUGGCCCGUCGACCGGUCCCAGCGGGCGCACGUCACCAGAAGGAGAUGUCGAAGCCUCCGCGGAGGCGGGCGCGGCCAAGAAGGGCCCCACGGGGCUCGUCGUGGAGGUGAAGGAGGCCGAGCAUACGCCGGAUGCGAAGGCGACGGACGCCGCGCCUGCGGAGAAGCCAGCCGUCGAAGGGCCUGAGGUCGAGAUGGAGAUCGAGCGGCCAGAGCUCCCGAGCUUUGCGGCGGUCGAGGCGGCGACGCGGAUGAAUGUUACGAUCUAAUAAGCUGGUUAUCUCUUCCCUUGGUUGUUUCUACCCCCCUCUCAUCCUCCUUAAUUUCUCUCCCUCUCUUACUCUUUUGGGCUGGUCGGUGCUUGUAUUGCUUAGCGCAAGAACGCUUACCUUGCUUGCUAUCUGCUCUGGCCGUCUACUACCUAAUGAAUCUGUCCCAUCUCACCCCCGGCUCAGUCCCCUGUACCCCUCGCCGCCGUCGCCGUGGCCUCCCAGCGGGCGUGCCUUUACUAUCCCAUAGACAUCAUCGAAGUAAAUAACAACAUGCACAUCUUCCCUCCUUCCCCUAGAUUCUCUCAUGCCCUAUAGAUCUGUUUCGCGCCACGAAUUCGUGUACAUAGACGUAGAUCACGGUAGUUGUUUGGUUCGGUCUUAUUGUGUACUGUGAUGAGUACAAGGUGUUACCCAAUGUAUAUAUGCUCUCAAUUCGCGAAGGAUGCGGGAUCUGUCGCUGCGACAACGGGCUUGCUUCGAUGGACCAGUUUUUCCG